GCCUACAAACUGGGACUUGACAAACAAACAGUGGAGCUCCUAUGUCUCCAGUCGAGAUUUCAUUAGGAGAAGAUAAAGCUAAUAUUCAAAGGUGGCGAAUUGUUUAGGAUUAUAACCAGGAAGUGCUUGCUGUUUUCUAUCAACGCACUUUAAGACCUGCCCGCUUGCAUGGAGGACAACAGGCUUGGAUUUAAGGACUGGCGAGACAUUGUGUGGAAGAGGAGACAAUAAAGUGGAGCUUAUUUUAGCGCCCCUCCGGGUUCCGGACAUCCUCCGCAGCAGUUAGAUGUGUCUGUACACUGAUCUGUGACAAUGACAAUGAAAGGCUUGUCGAGUAGCCGGAGACACCAUCACACAGUGACCUGUGACCCCUCCUAUGACUCCAUGACCCUGGGGCGCCAAACCCGGCCCUACCUGCUGAACCCAGGCGAUGCCCACCCGGCCGACCACCCGUACUAUGCCCAGCGAAGCUCCUUCCAGUCUGAGUGCGGGCCCUACCCUGACCUGGCUAGCAGCACCUUCCCCCGAAGACAAUACAGCUCCCACCACGAACUGAAGGAUGAGUGUGCUGUGGUGCCUUACACCGGAGGCCAAGGGGGAAGCAUUAAGGGGGGCGGUGGUGGUGGAGGAGGAGGAGGAAGCAACAACCGAAUUCCACCAAAUCUUCUGGAGCAGUUUGAGCGGCAGGCGCCGGUGCGGCACGACGGCUACCACACGCUGCAGUACAAGCGCACAGCGGUGGAGCACCAGCGCAGCGACAGCCCCGGAAGGAUCCGCCAUCUUGUCCACUCCGUCCAGAAACUCUUCACCAAGUCCCACUCCCUGGAGGGCCCAUCGGGGGGCAGGGUGAACGGGGGCAAGGCCAGCCCCGACGACCCGCCCUCCAAUUCAGGCACCCUGAAGCACAGCAGCAAGCGCAGCAAGAGCAAAGACCGCAGUAGGUCGGAGCCCAAGAUGCGCUCGGCCAUCUCAGGCUACUGGAGCUCGGACGACACCCUGGACCGUGAGAUGUGCCUGUACCAUCACCACAGCCCCAGCCCGGGAGGCAUGCCCUCUGGGGUGAUGACCAUGGGCCGCCACCCAGAGAAGUCCCAGUCACAGUACUUCAUGGAGCAGUACAACACCAUCAGCGCCCACUCGCUGAAGACGUCGCGGAGCAACAAUGACGUCAAGUGUUCUACGUGCGCCGGCUUGCCAGGACUGGGCACGGGCACGGGCAUGGACGGAACUGGCCAGCUGCUGAAGAAGAGCUCUUGGUCAUCCACACUGACGGUCAGCAGGGCAAGGGAGGUCUACCAGAAGGCAUCGGUCAACCUGGACAAAGCCCUUGUCAAGGCUGAGACCUGCCAGCAGGGGGGCCUCCCAACCUUUCAAUUCCUCCAGGUGCCCCAGGACGAGUGGAGUGGGGGAUUCUCGCCCCUGGGGAAGGAUGAGGAGAUCCCAUGUCGGCGGAUGCGCAGCGGCAGCUACAUCAAGGCCAUGGCAGAAGAAGACAGCGGGGACUCAGACUGCAGCCCCAAGCCCUCGCCAAAGGUGCAGGCACGCCGGGCCAGCUACCUGAAGGCCACACAGCCAUCGCUCACCGAGAUGACCACCCUCAAGAUCUCCACUGACUCGCAUUCUCCCAAGUUGCAGAUCCGGAGCCACAGCUACCUGCGGGCGGUGAGUGAGGUUUCCAUCAAUAGAAGCCUGGACAGCUUGGACCCGGCAGGGCUCCUGGCCUCGCCCAAAUUCCGCUCGCGAAAUGAGAGCUACAUGAGAGCCAUGAGCACCAUCAGCCAGGUGAGCGAGUUGGAGGUAAACGGGCAGAUCGAAGCAGUGUGCGAGUCCGUCUUCAGUGAGAUGGAGUCCCAGGCGGUGGAUGCCCUGGACCUCCCCAUGUCGGGCUGCUUCCGUAUGCGAAGCCAUAGCUACGUCCGUGCAAUCGAGAAGGGUUCUUGCUCCCAAGAUGAGGAGGGCAUGGUGGGGGGCAACAUGAGGGCUAUCCCACCCCCCCGGACGACCACCACCGUUAGGACCAUCCAGAGCAGCACAGUGUCAUCAUGCAUCACCACGUACAAGAAGAUGCCUCCGCCGGUACCGCCGCGCACAACCCCGCCCAAGCCCUUUAUCUCCAUCACGGCCCAGAGCAGCACCGAGUCGGCCCAGGACACCUACAUGGACGGGGGGUCAGGCCCCCGGACCCACAUCAGCACCUCCCAGCCCGGCCUGUCCAACUCCAGAGAGAGCAUCGACAGUAUGAAGGCCCUGACGGCAGCCAUCGAGGCAGCUAAUGCCCAAGUCCACGGUCCAGCCAGCCAGCAUGUCACCAACAGCACCAUCACCGCCACCAACAUUGCCUCCACCAACAUCAAGAGAGACACCCUACGGAAGUGCCUCUCCAUAGGGAUACAGGUGGAUGGACCAGAGGAGGUUGGGGGGACAGAGGAGCACUCCAAGUUCCAGUCAGUAGGCAUCCAGGUGGAAGAGGAGAGAUGUUACCGCAGGAUGACCAGGUCCAACAGUGUGACCAUGGCGGUCCAAGCCGACCUAGACGACCCUGACUACUGUCCCGUUGACGCCUCAGAGAUGGUGAUACGCCACUCGGCCACCAUGCCCCGCCAGUACUCCCGGGAUGCCGCCACCUCUACCGUCUCCAUCCAGGGCUCAGGCAACCACUACCACGCCCUGACCGUGGAGGAGUACGGCGAAGUGGGUUUGGACCCAUCCAUCCUGCCCCCGCCAGACCCCUGGAUGGACCAGGUGGAAGACCCCAUGGAGGUGGUGGUGGGGGGACGGGGGUUGAUGUGUUCCAGGGACGGGAGGUGGUUCCUGAAGCUUCUUCAAGCCGAGAUGGAGCGCAUGGAGGGCUGGUGCCGGCAGAUGGAGCAGGACGAGAUGGAGAACGAGCUGCCGGAGGAGAUACUGGGGAAGAUCCGUAGUGCAAUAGGGAGUGCCCAGCUGCUCAUGUCUCAGAAGUUCCAGCAGUUUCGGGAGCUGUGUAAGGAUAAUCAGAACCCCAAUUCCCACCCGAGGCCCAGUUCCCAGGACCUAGCAGGCUUCUGGGACAUGCUGCAGCUGUCCAUCGAGAACAUCAGCCUGAAAUUUGAUGAGCUCCACCAACUCAAAGCCAACAACUGGAAACCCCUGGACCCCCCAGAGAUAAAGGAGAGAAGGUUUGCCCCUCCAGUGCCAAAGAAGCCCCACAAGGGCCACCCUCCCCUGGCCAGAGACCGUUCUCUGGAGAGCUCCGAGAGACAGCGGCUGGAGGCUCGCAAACGCCUGCUGGCCGCCAAGCGGGCACUCUCGGUCCGACAGAGCUCGGUCACCGAGAGAGCAGCAGACAGUAUCGAGAUCUACAUCCCAGAGGCCCAGACCAGAUUAUGAGACACACACAGACAAAGACUCACACACACACACACACACACACAAAAACUGACACACCUUCAAAGGUACACGCACACACUCACACCGAGUGACACUGUCAAGACACUCAUCUGCACUGAAUGGCGAGGAUAGGGUGCUUGUAAUAUAAUCACAUUUAUCGACUUCCACAAAAACGGUCACAGCAGCCGGUGGAGUGAGAAUAUUGUAUAUUUAUUAACUUUUCCUCUUCUCUCCAUUUGAACCUCUCCUUGAACUUUCAGCUUUUCGUGUAGCUCCCCCCACUCCUUACACCCAAAGAUGUUUCUUCUUGUGAUGGCAACUCUUCCUACCGAUGUUCCACCAACCAAAAGGCCUGUUGUCACCCAAACAGGUAUACCAGUACCGCGGUAUUGAUGCAUAAUGUAUAAUUUGUUUGAUUCAUUGGAACAGAAGGGCGGUUAGGGAGGGAGGGGAAGUGUACUAGUGGGUAUAGACCAAGCGCUGUCAAGGCAUACUAGCUAAUCCUGUUGGGUGUCAGACAGCCUGAGACAGUGGCUUGUGUCCCACAUGACACCCUAUUCCUUAAAUAGUCCACUACUUUUGUGAAUUACCUAGUCAAAAGUAGUGCACCACAUAGAAAACAGGGUGCCAUUUGGAAUUCAGGCCAGCCGCUCUCCUCUGGUGACCCUGGGGGAGGCUGUUAUUGUGACUCACAACACAAUGACAGCAGACAAUAGAGAAACCCAGUCUCUACUCCCCUGUUAGAUGCUACUGUCACAGGAUUUAUUACACACACAUACACACAUGUGCAAGCACACGCACUCACUCACACACACACACACACACUGUUCUCGAGAGAGGCAAUUGACCUAAACCUGUUUGAGUAGUUAGGAGAGAACACCUGAGACAUAUCUAAGACCUUCUGGAGACACAGUACAAGGCAUCAAGACAUCUAUGUAGCAGCGACCAUUGCAACUGUCAGUUUUAAAUGAAUUUAGGAGUCAAUUCGAUGUGAGUUGACUCAGUCAUGCGUUGACGUCAAUGGGAGACUAAGUACAAAUGUCACUUAAGUAUAACUUAGGAUUCGCCUCUUAUUAUUGAAAUCCAGGCAACAGCAGAUCUAUAUCUCUUGGCAUUAAAAUCACACACAAAAACCAAAUUUUUGUCGAAGAAACAAUGAUUGGUCUUGAUGCAACGAUUUUACUCCAACACCUAUGAACACCUAGAUGUUCUAUUGGAGCCACUUACUUUUAUCACUCCUUGUUUUGUUAUUGCAUGUCAAACCGCAAAGCCGAGAGACUUUGUGCAGUCACUGGAUCAACACAGUCGGAAGGUGUUCGAUGUAGACAAUAAUAUCAAUGUGCAAAAAUGACUUCGAAUUGUAAAAUCCAAAUCUUUUAUAAAAUGGGAUUUGGGUAAAAGGAGUAGCGUAGUGAUUGCUAGUACUUACCAAUAAUCAAUACUGGUCUUUGUAGAGUAACCCCAAAAAAUAACUCAAAAACAAGAAAGCCGGUAUGUGUCGGACAAUUACACUAUUCUUUGUGUUUCUCCAAAUGCAGUCUGUCCAGUUGGAGGAACAGUGGCUUGAUUCUGCUGCACUCUAUGUCUGACCUUUAUGGGUUAUAGAUCACAGGGUCACGUCAAACUGUCUACCCCCAGAUGUGGUAGGAUUCUGGGGUCCGACAGCACCAAUCCUGUCUGGCAGUCAGGUAUGGAGUUAGGUGGGCUCAUGACAAGCUCUCAGAGAGAGGUCAGUGCUACGAAAUCAGGGUCUGCCAGAAACAAAAGUGGGGUGUGUGUGUGUGUGUGUGUGUGUGUGUGUGUGUGUGUGUGUGUGUGUGUGUGUGUGUGUGUGUGUGUGUGUGUGUGUGUGUGUGUGUGUGUGUGUGUGUGUGCGUGUGCGUGUGUGUGUGUGUGCGCGCCCGUGCGUAUGUGUGUAUGGGAGGAUAUGUGUUUCUGAAGUGCUUCCUAUUUUUCAAGGUCUAAACGGGCCUUUCUUUUCACUAUGUACAGUAUGUGUCCCAAAUGGCACCCUUUUGCCUAUAUAAUUCACUACUUUUGACCAGGGCUCAUAGGGCUCUGGUCAAAAGUAAUGCACUAUGUAGGGAACAGGGUACCAUUUGGGGGGCAGCCUGUGACGAACGUAGCAGAAGCCACAUACUGUUAGUACUUUCCUAAACAGGCCCUGCUUACAUUUUCAACAGAGCGACUUAUGCCUGUACAAAGACAUUAACUGAAGAACAUAUUGCUACAUUAUACGCAUGCUGACACGAGCUAAUUGAUAUGUUGUCAUUUCAUUCUUGCAGUUUUUUACUUAUUUUACUCUGUUUAUCAUAUUGUGCUGAGAAUAUAAUUUGUCCCUAAGAAAAAAAAUCACCUAAUACUGAUGUUCCUUUACUUUAAGGCACCCUUUAUGAAGGAUGCCUUAAUGUAGUGUUUCCGUUGUUCUAUAUGACAAGGUAUUUUGUUAUUCUAUCAAAAAAGGGACAGUGGGAAUUAUUUUCUUCUUACAUCUAUGUACUGUCUCAGCAUCCAAGCUGACAUUCAACCAUUUGAAAGUGAUAUGAAAAUAAUAUAGGGUUUUAAGUUGAAUGGUGUUUUAUAUCCACUAUUUCUGUAUUAAUCCUCAGAAAAAGAUGAUUACUGUUUAUUAUUAAUAUUAUUAUUAUGCACUGAUAAGGCCCAUAUGCUGUGUUUAUUGAUUAUUAUGAUUCUCUUUUUCGCUCUAUGAAAUGAAAGACACCUUUUAUUCUGUUUCGGUAAUCAGCCUUAAUUUAUAAUGUGAUAGUCGAGCACAAAUCAGCCUCAGGGGAAGAAAAAUACAUUGUAUGUGUGUGUGUGUGGGGGGGGGAGUGUGUGUGUGUGUGUGUGUGUGUGUGUGUGUGUGUGUGUGUGUGUGUGUGUGUGUGUGUGUGUGUGUGUGUGUGUGUGUGUGUGUGUGUGUGUGUGUGUGUGAAAAGGCUUCAUCUCAUACAGUAAACAUACCCAGUCAACAGGGGGUGUGUCCCAAAUGGCACCUUAUUCCCUACACAGUGCACUACUUUAUACGGAAUAGGGUGCCAUUGGGGACGCACACCUGAACAUUACAGGUCUGCGGUUUAAAGGUUCAGAUCAACGUCUCAUGAUUGAUUCCUUCGUCAAAAGACAGUUGCUACGUCUUCUCUGCAACUCCAAUCAGUUUGCAUUUUCUUCAUAUGAAGUCAGCUACUCGUAUGGGUGAGACAAUCUUGAACUCACGGUCCUGGUUAUAAUCUUUUAAGGUGUGUGGGUAUUAUUAAGCUAUAUUGAAACUGGUUUGACAUAGCUAGCGUUUUGUGAAAUUGGGUAACUGUUACCAAACAAGGACAAAAUUCCUGCUAUCCACAUAUAUGAGAAACAUGUUCAUGAUCGAAGUUUAGAGGAAAGUCCAAUUUGAUUGUGAUGGAAGGCAUGUGACGAAGUAACUCUGCUGUAUGAUAUUUUUAUUUUUAGUAACAAUGUAUUUUAGAGAGAAUAUUGAGAAGGUAACAAUGGUUAUGUACCUUUUUGCCCAUUAGGUUUUAAGGUAAUUUAAUACAAAUUGUGAUGCUCUUUAUAUUUUUAUUUCACCUUUUUAUUAUAAUCAAUUCAAAUGUCAGUCAAAUUAUGACAUUAUUUAUGGUUAUUAUAGUAACAUAUCAAAACCCUGACAUUGCAGGGUGAUUACAGGAAGUGGUAAAGAAUGUUGGAUUGUGGGAGAUGCCAAACUCAAGACUUUAACCAAUCCUGGAGGAUGCUUAUGAUGUAGUCCAUAUAUAGUAGGCAUAAAACUAUUAAAAUGAACAUUUGUAAAUAAAUGAAUGUUUCCCUAUGUAAAAACAAUCAAAAAACAUAUUAGGCAGAUAUACAUUUUGUAAUUAAUGUUAUUACACUGUUGAUGUUAUGGCACGUGUAUGGAACUAGAUCAGCAUUAAAAACCUUGCCAUCAUCAUA